UGUCAAACGUCAGAAAACCGCAUUAUUCUAUAGGAAGAGGCUGUGUGUCAUUCAUCUUGGGCUCUUGAGAGGGCCAGUUUGUUUCUCGUCGGGAAGGCGAAAUGACCAACUCAUUCAUGGUUACAUCGGGGUUUUCUUAGGGUUUCUUUCCCCCGCUCCACUUCAGAUACUGUAGAUCUGUCAAAGAGGGAUUUAUAACUUCGGGAUUUACUUGAAAAGAAUCGUCGGUAUCUGCGGAUAUCUCUGUCAGGGAUAAAUCAAAACGACACGAUGGCUUUGUCGUUCCUGUACGCGCUGUGCAUGUGGAUAAGUUUAGUUGGUCUCUCACUGGAAACAGGGUUUGUUUAUCACUUUCCAGGCAUCACUCUGCAGCGACAGCGCAUCAAAUCGGAACAGAGCGGCAACACUGGAUCGCCAGGUACCGGGUCCCGGACACAGCUCAGGAACUGGUGUCAGUAUACUGUGACCAGAACAGUGUCCUGUCAGGUGCACAACGGGACAGAAACCACAGUGCAGAGAGUGUUUCAGGGCUGCCGGUGGCCCGGACCCUGCUCCAAAGUCCAGAUCAGCUACAGGACCCUGGUCAGGCCAUCCUUCAAAGUUGCCUACAAGCAGGUGACUGCACUGGAGUGGAGAUGCUGCCCAGGCUUUGUGGGAGAGGAGUGUCGUGAAGAGUGUUUGAACUGUACCAGUUUCACUGACAUGAACAGCAGGAUAAACGCCAUUGAAUCAAAGAUCAAGCUGUUUGAAGAGGGACACUCAUCCCUGCAGACAGUCAGCAGUUCACCAGAGGGCUCCACAGACAAUGAAGUGGACGCACCCAAACCCACUCCUAUUGGGCCACCAUCAUACCUGCCACCAGCAUCGGGAGGCAGAGGGCCUCCAGGGCCCAUCGGACCACCAGGGCCUCCAGGUUCUGCUGGGCCUCCAGGUCCCUCAGGAAGAGCAGGCCUCCCUGGACCUAUCGGACCAAAGGGGGACAGAGGUCUAGCAGGAGUGAUAGGUCUCCCCGGGCCUCCUGGUCCACCGGGUCCUCCAGGGCGGAGCUCCUCGCCUGUUCGAGAGCGCGGUGACGUUUUUCACGUGGACAAUCAAGAGGAGAUCCCUGUCCGUCCAGCUCUCCCUUCUUCUCAGAUCGUAGUCGGGCCUCCCGGUCCAACUGGUCCGACUGGUCCUGUUGGCCCCGCAGGCCCUCCAGGACUGAGAGGACUUGCAGGGAUGCCAGGCCUGCCAGGACGAGAUGGUAAGGAGGGCCUCCAAGGCAAGCCUGGGGAUCCUGGCCCUAAAGGAGAUCCAGGGGAAAGGGGGCCUCCAGGUGUAGCAGGCAAGCUGGGCCUACCUGGCGCACCAGGGCUAAAAGGCGAGCCAGGAGAGGGCUUGAAUGAGGGUGAGGCCGUGCAGCAGCUCAGGGAGGCCCUGAAGAUCCUGGCCGAGAGGGUCCUGAUCCUGGAGCACAUGAUCGGCGUUCAUGAGAACUCUGAAGGAUCUGGAUUUGGCAGCAUUUUGGACCCUCUGUCUUUCUCUGCCAUAAAGACCAAGCGCCGCCAGCCCGUUCAAACCCCUCCUCACGCUCCAGGACUGAGGGAGAGAUAGAGACGAGUUCCCCUUUAAGAGAACAGUCUUAUUAUGUAUGUGUGUGUGUGUAAUUGUGAUGGAUGUGGCAAAUUUGGCUUGACUGGACAUACAAUUUUUGUUUAUAUCAUGUUUCUUAUGUUAUUGCAGCUUAUUUCCCCUUUUUUCAGCUGUUAAAUGAAGAGAUGUUGAGCAUUUCAACCACAUGAAAGGCUUUUUUUUUAGCCUUUCUGGCCCUGUUGCUGCAUGCUCUUAGUCUACAUAACCUUAGCAGCAGCACUUGUACAAUGUUGUACAAUGAAAUAUAAUCUCAUAAAGUGUUAUGAGGAUUUUGGCAUCCUGCUUUUCCUCAGAUAACAGGCUGCCUCGUAAACACAUCAGUUUCCUUGGCUGAUGCUGCAAAGCUCCUCAGGCUGCAAGUUCCCGAGAGCUGGACCCAAAAUAUACUAUUUAGUGUCAAACACAUUCUUGGAACGACCUCGGGGUUCAUCUCAUGUUAGCCUGUCAAACAUAUUUCUUCCUUUCUCCUCUCUCUGUGUCUCUCUGCUUGCUCUGCCUUGUUAAAGCUGAGGUAAGACAUGAUGGGCUGCCAAGAAUAUCUGCUUAAAAUAAAGUUAGGUGAAAUGAAUAGCAUCUGGAGAGAGUGCACAUCUGGAAAGCAAAAGGAGGAGAUGCUGAAACGGUUGAGUCUUUGCCCAGGGACCCAGACCCUGCUUGGUUCCAGUUCACCUUCACGCGACUGGCUGAUGGAGCUCUAAACAGGAUUACAUUGACUUCUUCAUAAACUGCCUCUGAGACUUGUUUCCAAACUGAUAUGAUUAUUCUGUAAUAGGUCUCUAAGAGACCAAGCCUGUUGGUCCCAUGCCUGGUACAAUCAUUGUAUUCGUCAUUACAAGGUGCAUGUGCAAAAGGAAUAAUUCUGCAUUUUGGGAUAUAAACUCAUUCACAUUCUUGUAGAGAGUUAGAUGAGAGGUUUGAUAACGCCCUCAUGUUUGUAUGCUAAAUAUGAAACUGGAGCCAGUUUGCUGAGUGUAGCAUAAGGACUGAAAAUAGGCGGAAACAGUUAACCUAGCUGCGCUCACAUCAUAUGUUCAGACCGAAAAUAUGAGCAGCCCAGUGGAAAAGAACUGUUCGGGUCAGCUUUUGACUUAUAAAUCAGAACUGGAGAUUUCGGGAAUUUCUGACAGCGAUGAUAUCUCUUGCCUGGUGAAAAAAAAGAGUCAACAAACCAUGAAAAAAAUGGCUGCAAAGUCACCAUCAAUAACAGUUACAUCUAAAUGAAAUCCAGUAUUUACACUUGUAAACCAAUUCAGCUGAUUUUAGAGGAGCUAUAAACUGUUAGAGUGUAUCUGGUGUCACUGGUUGAUGAACAGCUAGAAACAGGGGCGGAUUGGAGGGGUGUCUUCUGGGGAACCAGCCCCGAAUCAUCUCUCCAAAGCCCAGAAUCAUUGCAAUGACCAAAAGAAAUUUAAUAAGUGUUCUUCUGUUGGUUAAAUAUGUCAUUCAGAGUUAUGAAGACCACAGAUUAUUAUUGCAUCUACUCCAGCAGAGAAUAAAAAAAAAAAACAGGUUUUAAGAAGUGAUGCAGUUAAGAUAGGUGAUGCCAUUUACACAAAUUCCUACGCCUACCUUUGUUAUGUAACAUAAAAAUAGUAGCAUUAGACACACAGGCACAUUUGAUUUUCCCAAUUGAUGUAAAGAGAUUGAUGUAAAUGGCUUGAAAAGUAGUGAAUAUAGCUGCUGUACCUGGUGGGAAAAACCUCCCUGGAUUCCAAAUGUUUACAACAUCUUGCUCCCCCCCUGGCUAGAAAUGUGUAACACAACAAAAGAAGCUAAUUUAGGAUAGUUAUCUGGUGUGACUACAGGUUUAUUAGUGGUGGAAAUCCUUUUUGGAAAGAUGUGUGACCCCCAAGUCAGAAAAACUGGAAGACUCAUUUUAGCUUCAGACAGAGCCAGGCUAACUGUUUGCCCUUGUUUCCAGUCUUUAUGCUAAGCUAACGGCUGCUGGCAGCUGCUUUUACCAUACAGACAUCUCAUCUAACUCUCGGCAAGAAAGCACACCAAAACGUCAAACAUUUUCUUCAACCAUCAUCAGCAGAAAAGAGAUGGACCUGUCCGUAUGUGUUGUUUCUGAUAAGUUAUCAUAUGUUAUAGAGAGUUGAGUCUACUGAUGUACCUUUGAAGUAAUGUGUUGUGUUGUGUCUUGUGCAUGUUUCAUUAUCUUUUUUACUAAACAUGUUCAGGUGUGCUUUGUAGUUUAAUUUGCGAGACAUGGUGCUCAGCAGAUAUUUAUCUGUGUUGGUAAUUGAAGUGAGAUUAAAGUCACAACA